AAUGCUAAACUUAUUUACGAAGGAAAAUUAUUAUAAGCAUAUUUUUAUGGGCUUUAACUUUAAUUGUUAGCUAUUUUCUAUAUAUUCUUUAACACUGGAGUAAAUUAGAUUAUUUGUAUUCUUUUUACUCCUUUACUUCUUUUUGCAAGACCUCUCUUACCUCGAAAUAAAAAGGAGAUUUUAUACACAAUAAUUAAUAUUUUUUUAAUAGGUUGCUUUAUUUAUUUAGUAAAUUUAAUUAAUAUUAAUUAUUGGGAAGAAUUAAAAGAAGUUAUUGUUACUUAUUAGUGUGUUAAAUCACAUACUUUAUGGUUUGGAGUAUCUAUGAUUUUUAAUAUAACAUUUUCUGUAAUUUUUAUUUACUUGUCUUGGGUAUAUUGAAUAUUUAUUUUAAUAAAUAUGUUAAGUUUAUUUUAU